GUGACAGUUUUGCUUUUUCUUUUGUAUAAGGUGAAAUUAAUCGUUGUGACAUUCGUUUUGAUGCCAUCUUAGCUGUCAGAUUGGUAGUCGUAAAAUUGAGGACGGUGGCCCGACAGGGUCUGUGUUUGUCACGAUCACAGUUCGGUGUACUCUACAGACCUGCAGUUCCUAUGGGAACUGCAGCAAAAGAGGAAAUUAACAAGUUUUGGGCAAAAAACACACAACUCAACCGACCUGUCUCCCCACAUAUAAGCAUCUACAAGUGGUCUGUCCCCAUGAUGAUGUCCAUCUUACACAGAGGAACAGGCGUAGCACUGAGUUCAGGAAUCUCUGUCUUUGCACUUGCUGCGUUGGUGUUACCUGAGAGUUACCCGUAUUACCUUGAUUUGAUUCACUCCAUGACUUUUGGGCCCCAGUUUCUUGCUUUCAGCAAAUUUGCUCUGGCCUUCCCAGUGGCUUACCACUCGUUCAACGGCAUCCGGCAUUUGGCGUGGGAUCUUGGGAAGGGUUUUAAGAUUCCUGAAGUCUAUCGUUCUGGCUACAUUGUCAUAGCUUUGACCGUUCUCACCUCGAUCGGUCUCGCUGCCAUGUAAAUCCAUAGACAUGACACACAAAUGAAGAAGACGUGGACUUAGAGAAAGUGGUGUUCUUUUGUUUAUCUGUCUUAGAAGUGGUCUAGAAGUGCCAAAUACAUUAAUAUAAUAAAAAUUAUUUAUAAAAUAAAAAAUAUAUAUCAACCCAAAAAAUAUCCUCAGUGUUUCUCCAUGUUGAAUGCCUUGCACAUUGCUAAACUGGAAAAGAUGGGCAUAGCACUUAACUUGGCAUUUAAAAUGAACUUUAUAUAUGAAAAUGUGAGGAGUGGGCUGAGCAUUUGCCUUGUUUUAUUGUGUCACUGCAGUAUUUCCAAAUAUGUUGACUUGUGUGUGCUUGAUUUUACUUCAGUUUAAUAAACUCACUUUGGGUUGCAAAAGCCCUUCACAUUAAA